AGGCUUCCUCCAGAAUAAAACCCUAACUCUAAACUAGCAAAACUGCUGCGGCUCUGUUUGCUUCACCUCGUCCCUCUUCCACCGCGAAAAAUGGCUCCGAAGAAGGCUGUUGGAAAAGUUUCAGCAAAGAAGAAGCUGGAUAAGGUGGUAAACCCACUAUUUGAGAAGCGUCCCAAGCAGUUUGGAAUCGGUGGGGCAUUGCCGCCCAAGAGGGAUCUCACUCGCUUUGUCAAAUGGCCCAAAGUUGUUCAAAUUCAGAGGAAAAAGAGGAUUUUGAAGCAGAGGCUCAAGGUUCCACCUGCUUUGAAUCAGUUCACCAAGACCCUUGACAAGAAUCUUGCAACAAAUUUGUUCAAGAUGCUUUUGAAGUAUAGGCCAGAGGAUAAAACACAGAAAAGGGAGCGCCUUUUGAAAAGAGCUCAGGAAGAGGCUGAAGGCAAAACAUUAGAUGCCAAAAAGCCUAUCGUUGUUAAAUAUGGUCUCAACCAUGUUACCUACCUCAUUGAGCAGAACAAGGCACAACUGGUUGUAAUUGCACACGAUGUGGAUCCAAUUGAGUUGGUUGUAUGGCUCCCAGCUCUGUGCAGGAAGAUGGAAAUUCCAUAUUGCAUUGUCAAGGGAAAAGCACGUUUAGGAUCGAUUGUCCAUAAGAAGACUGCAUCAGUUUUGUGCUUGACAACAGUAAAGAACGAAGAUAAGUUGGAGUUCAGCAGGAUCCUAGAAGCCAUUAAGGCAAACUUCAAUGACAAGUACGACGAGUACAGGAAGAAAUGGGGUGGCGGAAUCAUGGGUUCCAAGUCACAAGCCAAAACCAAAGCAAAGGAGAGGCUUCUUGCCAAGGAAGCCGCUCAAAGGAUGUCUUAGGAAUUCACAGAUCAACACUAGAGCAAAGGACAAAGGAGAAGUUUCUAGCAGAGCAGAGGAUGUCAAAGCAUGGCUUAGUAUUUGGUAAUGAGCUCUUGUCUAACUUAAGUCAUUUUUCUUUGAUUACAAAACAGAUUAUUAAGAGGCUUGUCAUUGUUAUUUUCAGUUUUAAGUUUAUUGGAUUGAGAAAUUUUAUUUUGUUCUACGAGUUCUACAUUAUAUUCAAAGCAGGACAUUUUGGAAUUAAUUCUGUUUUGAUGCCAUUUUUCUUAUAUAAGUUGGGUUAUGUGGUA